CUCGCAGUACUUUGGUGUUCCGCACUUCUGCGUCCCGCCGGUUGAUUCUCAGCAUCCCACAAGAUGACAAUUAACACUCUGGCUAAAGGAGGACUGCACCAGGAGCAAAUGUCAUGCUUUCGGAAGAUGGAGAAAGUGAUUGUGGCCAUGCAGGACCCUGAUAUGGGCAUAAAGAUGAGAAAUCAGAGGCUCCUUAUAACAGUCAUCCCGCACGCAAUGACAGGUCAGGAUAUAAUUACCUGGUUGAUCCAGAAAUACCACAUAGGUGAAGAGGAGGCUCUACAUCUUGGCGAGAUGCUGGUCAAAUACGGAUACAUUUACCCUCUCAAAGAGCCCCGCUGCCUCGUGUUACGACCUGAUGAGUCUCCCUACCGCUUCCAGGUCAGAUUAUCACCCCCCUGGUUGGGUGUUCGUGACAGCUGCAUGAAAAUAAAGGCCUUCCUUAAGCCUAUGACCCCUUAUUUUUGGACAAGCACCCGCUGGCCUGCCACAGAACUAGACUAUGCAAUAUAUUUGGCUAAAAAGAACAUAAGAAAACAAGGAGAGCUGAUGGAAUAUGAAAAGGAGAGGUACAGUCUGUUGCACAAGCGGAUCAACCACACCUGGGACUUUGUGGUGAUGCAAGCCAGAGAGCAACUGAGGGCAUCCAAACAGAGGAGGAAAGCCGACCGAAUCGUUCUAGAAUGUCAGGAACAGGCAUACUGGCUCAUCAACAGACCUCCGCCAGGGGUGCAGAACAUGUUGGAAAGGGGUCUGGAGCGACCAAACAACUUCAGCGCCGGAGUCCCACUGAACAGUGACUACUACAAAAGUGAGAUUGAAACAUCCAGACGAGCUCUUGGAAGAAAUCGAGUAAAGUCCUCUGUCUGCCUUGAAGGUUUUGUCAAGUACAGCGAGCAGUACCUGAACCAUGAUCCCAUAAUGCAAGGCUGCCUUCCCAGUAACCCCUGGAUCUCUGAUGAUAUCGCACACUGGACGAUGAACUCAGAAACGGUGCCAGUUCCUACUCGUCUUCGCGUGGAGCGUUGGAGCUUCAGUUUCAUGGAGCUUCUGUCCGACGCCAUGGGGAGGCGGGAGUUCAUGACGUACCUGGAGAAAGAGUUCAGUGCGGAGAACCUACAUUUCUGGUUGGCAUGUGAGGAAAUAAGACAUGGAGAAAAUUCCAAGAUCGUAGAAAAGGUGGAAGAUGUUUACAAAAAUUUCCUGGCCCCUGGAGCGGCCCGCUGGGUCAACAUUGACAGUAAGACGAUGGAUAAAACUUUAGAAGGAAUCAAGCGGCCUCAUCGCUUCGUUUUCGAUGACGCACAGAUGCACAUCUACUUCCUCAUGAAGAAGGAUUCUUACCCCAGGUAUCUAAAAUCCGAUCUGUAUAAAAACAUGCUGGCCAAAGCUGUCGUCCCCCAGGAAACUAAGAAAAGUGUGUUCCCCUUCAUGAGACGCCAGAGACAUUCCAGCCCCUCCCCGGCUCAGGCCGGCGCUCAGCCAGCGGAGGAGGACGGGCGAGCAGGUACCAACUCCGCAGGGGCGUCUUGACUUGCAUCACUUCUAUCCCCAUCGUCUCCGUCGUUCACCACAGCAACCGACCACGGACUUCUUCUCCGCCGUUUUCUUUCUAAUCAUUCUGAAUGUAGGAAGCGGAGCCCCUCUUUCACAGAAAGCUACUAUUUAAGCAUCAAACUUCCUGCAAGAAAACAGACAUCUCAUCUGCGCAUGAGCAGCGAAUGGCUGCUUUCACCGCCUCUGCAUCAUCCUAAACCCAAACAUUGUGCUCAUUUGCUUUAGAAAUUGUCCAUCUCAGAUGUUCUGUUUUGCUCUAAGGUCAUCAGAUAAGGUGCAAAGCACGGUUAGGUAUAUAUAUAUUUGCUUGCUCUGGUUAGGGCCUUUUUAAAUUAGGAAUCAGAUCUAAACUUUACAUCUUGACUCAGCUCGUAUCUGACUUUGCUCUCUGAUUCUUGUAUAUCUUUCUGCAUGCUUUCAUCUGAAAUAAAACGUCACAAAGCAGGCGGUGUUGUUAACCCUCAGGUUUGCAUGCUUUUAAUAUCCAUGUUUAAUAUUCAUGUAUUUUAGCUCCAGGUAUUCCUCUCUUGCUUUGUAAUGUUUUAGUUCCUUUAGGUUCCAGCAUACCCAUCUCCUUCCUAACCUCAUGAUGCUGGGAAUCUGGUAUGUUCUUACUUUUAUGUAUGUUUUUGAACAGAUUAAAGUGGCAGCUGAAUGGAUAAAACUGGUUUUGAAAAGGUCCACAAUUCUCUUCCUGAUAUUUUACAUGGUUUCUAAUUUGCCA